AUGAAUAAAUAUACUUUUGCGAAAGUGGUCAUCAGUGUCACUAUUUUGGCUACCGCGUAUGCACCGCCCGAUAGGCUGCUAAGCACAUUUUUUGGAAAUACAUUUGAUGACCCGAAUCAUCCGCCUGAAUGGGCGGAACGAACUGUAGUUCAGGAAGUCAAAUCAAAGCCUAACUCGGGACACACCAUUGUACGGAGGAAUACCCUUACUUUGAGUGAAUCCCUACCGGAACCCAAACCAGGCUAUUUUUUAAAUGGAGACAGUAAAGUGGAAUUUAACGCGACGAUUAAGUUACAACUCGAAAGACGACUCUUGCAGCAACAAAUUAAGAAGACAGAGCUUGCUGAAAAUGCACUUUUCGAGGCUCGGAGAAAAGUUAAAGAAUUAGAGAUUGAAGUCAACAAGACACAAGGAUUGGCUACCAUUGAAAUCCUUAAAGACAUUAUCAGGCAGACUGCAAUAAACGCGACGUUGCUCCUCCAAAAAGAAAGGGCAGUUGCCAAUGCCACUAUAACACAGCUACAAAAAGAAAACGAAGAUUUGAAGAUUCGAAGCAAAGAAGUUGCUGUAAGUAUAGUUUCAGAGUUGGAUAAAAACGCGACCCUUGUCCUUCAAGCGGAAAAGAAAAUUGCCAGUGAGAAAUUACAGCUGUUGCAAAAACAAUACGAUGAGUUGAAGGGGAAAUGCGACCAAAAAGAUGCGGAAAUAACGAAAAUAGAGUCAUGCUGCGAGAAAAGAAUAUGUUAGUUGUUACCUCAAUCCAUACCUAUCGAAUAAUUCUUCAGCUUAAAAAUAAAUGUACUUCCUCUUCAUAAAAAA